AUGGAGACACAGGUAGCCAGGCUAGUCGAUAAGAUCUGGGAUAAAUACCAAAAGACGCCCCAAAAUGCCCGCUUAAUGGUCGCAGUCAGCGGCAUCCCGGGAUCCGGAAAGACAGAGCUCGCAAUCACAAUGGCCAAACGUAUCAAUCAGAUAUACGCCGAACAAAACGAAGGAUUCAUCGCCGCCGCUAUCCCCAUGGAUGGAUACCACCUCACACGGGCACAGCUUGCGCAAAUGCCCGAUCCCGAAUAUGCUGCUGCGCGAAGAGGAGCGGCGUUUACAUUUGACGGAGAGAAGUUCCUAGAGCUGGUGCGCGCCCUGCGUGAACCGCUGACGCCAGACACGCAAACUUUAUAUGCUCCGAGCUUCGAUCACGCUGUCAAGGAUCCCGUGGACAAUGACGUGCCCAUUGCGCCUGAGCGACGGGUGAUAUUCUUCGAGGGAAACUAUCUUAGCUUGAAUAAGGAGCCAUGGAGCUCCGCGGCGGGGCUGAUGGAUGAGUUGUGGUUUGUGGACGUUGACUUUGAUGUUGCACGGCAAAGAUUAAUCAAGCGACAUGUCAAAGCUGGCAUUGCAAAGAACGAAGCUGAAGCCGAGAAGCGCGCAAAUGAGAAUGACCUAGUAAAUGGGAGAGAGAUUGUGGAUGAACGGAUGGAUGUUCAGGAGAUUAUCCAGAGUUCUUAUGACCCCCGGUGGGAGUACUGA